UAGUUUAAAAAACGUCAAGCUUAUGGAGAAGCGCGUCACAAUCCUGCUGCCCAACGGCAGGCGCCAGAAUGUGAGCGUGACGGCUAACAUGACGCUGCUGGAGAUUCUGGAGACGGCCUGCACCAAGCAUGGCUACGACAGCGAGGAGCACUGCCUGAAGUUUCACAACAAGAACGUGUCCCUCACGCAACAGUUUCGUUUCAGCGGCUUGCCCAACAAUUGCGUGCUGGAAAUGGAGCCCACGGAGAAGCGUCGCAUCGUCAGCACCGUUGUGGUCUGCAUUCAGCUGAGCGACGGAUCCCGUGAGCAGGGCGAGUUUGCCCCCAAUGACACUCUUUGGCAGGUGGUCCAAAAGCUAUGUGGACGGCAGGUGACAACCUUCGAGAGUCCCAUCAUCAUCUAUAUGCGCAGCGAGGUGAUCGGGCAGCAAAAUAUGGAGCAGACGACGCUCAAGUCGCUGGGCAUACUGGAGGGACGCGCCAUGAUGCGAUUGAUUGACAAGAAGCCAGAGGAGCUGAAGACCCAGGCCAAUGUAUACAAGCCGCCGGAGAUACAGGCCAAGUCAAAGGGCGACGACGAGCAGCCCAGCACCUCGCGCUCGGCAAUGGGCACCAGUGGGGCAGGUGGUGGCGGCUUUGCCCUAACCAGCAACAUGAUUAAGUCCCUGAAGCGCACGGCUCCAGAGGGAAAUGCAGAUGCCCAGAAUGAUGAAGAAAUGUCCACCGAAAGGGACGAGCAGCCAGAAGCUCCAAAAUAUGAUUGGGGCAGUGGCUCCGGCUACUCGCUACAUAACGCUGGCGCAAAGCCAAUGCAGAUGGAUAAUGAUGCUGAUGAUAGUCCAGGACGCGCUCCGCCAGUAGUGAACGUAAUUGGACCUCGCCAGGCUGUGCUCUUCUCCCUAGAUGCCACCCAGAAGCAGUCCGAUGAGCUGCCCGACUCGUUCUUUGACUUGACAGUGAACGACCUCAAGAUGGUGCUGCGUGACCUGAAGCGCACCUCCGCGGGCGACGAUGACGCUCCUCUUUUGACUGCCAAGCUACGCGAACUGGAGCGCCAGAAGACCAUGCUGGCAAAAUUGAACCAAUACAAGGACUGUGUGCUGCGCAUUCAGUUCCCCGAUCGCUUCGUGCUCCAAGGCAUGUUUAAGCCCCAUGAAACGCUGGCCAAGGUGGAGGACUUUGUGCGAGAGUUCCUGGUCAAUCCCAGCGAGCAGUUCAAUCUCUUUACCAUACCACCGAAGAAGGUGCUGCCGUCGAGCGAGACGCUGCUGGAGCUCAACUGUGUACCCAAUGCUGUGGUACACUUUGGCUUCCUCAAGGAUGCCCUCAAUACGGAGAAUCAUCGUUUUGUGCUGGAGAAGUUCGUGGAUCAGCUGACCUCCGAGGAGGGGGCACACUAUGCCGUGCAGAAGUACCGCUGCACACGGGUCACGGUCAGCGCUAGUUCAUAGUUCAAGCAACGCCAACAACAGAUACAAAACGCUAUAAGCAAACAUUCUGCGUGAUAUUAAAUGAAUCCGCUUUAUUUCUAUCAAG